CUAGCGCCUGAAUCACGUGAUGCAGCACAGGCACCAAGGCGCCAAGGCCAGUACUCUCAUCACGUGAGUAGCGGUACGAUAUCUUCUCUGCUGCGUUCACUUUGUUCCGGACUGCAGACUACGGAGCGGUCUUGGAAGUGCUCUGCCUCUGAUGCUGCAGACUUCUCUGACGAAAGCCCAGCCUAUCAUCCUGGCACACUGCCCACCGCAAGCUGCCCGAAUCGCCAGGCAAUCAAUCCCUCCUGGUAAAGUCUCCGUCCCUAUCGGCCCCUCUGCUCCCGCGGCCGCAUCGGGCCUUGCCUGGCCGCGCAAUGACCCCAGUAUAUAGUCGACUUUCGAAUUUACUAUAGCGUCUUGCUGCUCAUUAUAUUUGAUUGUGGGAAUUGGAAUUCUAGGCUAAUGAUACCAAAACAAAACAGUCCCGUGACCCGCCUCGCCGGUGAGGGCAGGGCGUCAUGCCCGCUGCACACGAGGAUCCAGACGCACCCGUCAUAGCAAGCCCUAAAGAGGUCCCUGCUACAAUAUGUCCCCGGCAGGUCACCCUCAGGGACCGCGUUACAGUGGCCACGCUGGUCCCCUUCUCCUCAGCCGAUGAGGUGCCCCGUUCAUUACUGAGCUACCUGACUGAGCAGCUCAACAGGGAAAUCGAAAAGGGCGACACGUACCCAAUGAUCGACCCCAUCCCGCUGGAGAGAUUCGGCCCGUAUUGGUUUGCAAACUUUGGGGCGGUCAUGCUUCUGGGCGACAUCAAGAGUGUGCACGAUGUCCAAGCCAUGGAGCACAACCGUACCGACUGGACAAGGAUAUGCCUGGGUAGCUUCAAUAUAAGGCCGAACUAUCCUGGUCGUAGCAGCCAUGUCUGCAAUGGCACAUUUCUGGUCACAGAUGCAUCGCGUAACAAAGGUGUAGGCAGACUGAUGGGGGAAGGCUACCUUGAAUGGGCCCCAAAGCUGGGCUAUUCGUAUUCUGUAUUCAAUUUGGUUUAUGAAAACAACGUAGCGUCUUGUCGAAUUUGGGAUUCCUUGGGCUUCAAGCGAAUUGGCAAGGUCCCUGGCUGUGGAAGCCUUCGCUCUUAUCCAGACCAAUUGGUCGAUGGUAUAAUAUAUGGGCGGGACCUAGGACUCGAAGGUGAGGACUCUGUCACGCAGGAACGAUUCGACAAAAUUCGGUAUUAUCUGAAGCAUUCCAAAUAUCCCCGAGGAGCCGACCGCGCCGAGAAAAGCCGGUUGAGAAGCGCUGCAACGCACUACAAGCUUCUAGGAGGAGAAAAUGGCGAGCCGGAAAGGCUGAUGCUUAAGGACAAAGAGGUGGUCUCGGAUCCUCAGCAGCAAUAUGAGAUUGCACGACAGAUUCAUGUCCAACAACAUGGCGGCAUUAAUAAAACUACAGCGACAAUUGCGGUCAAGUAUCAUUGGGUGCGCAUCAAGGAGACUGUAAGCCGGGUCAUCAGAGACUGUCCUCAGUGCAAAGAGACUGCCAAGGCACCUAUUUUGAAUGGCAAUAAAAUUACAGAACUUCCCGUUCCAAAGCCAAGUGGCGAUUUGGCGAUACCGACUCCGGACAGUGCUAUAACGCCCACUGAGCUGAUCGCGGAUGCAGCGAACUCACACUCAGAUCCUUUCGCUCAAACAAAUCCAUCCGGGGUAGAACAUCCAGAUGAUUGUAUGACUGAUUAUACGAACCUACCACUCGACCCUCAGAUCAUUGACAUCAGCCCUCAUCUGACCCGAUUCCAACACCACCAAAGCAUCACAGACCCAUAUGAACAUCAAAACCACGGACUGCCCCACGUAGAAUUUGAUGACGAACUCAGAGCUCACGGCCAUAGCGAUUAUCAUGCAAUGGUGAACGACGAGUCUGAUUCAGAUGCCCUGCAGCGAGACGCCUUAGGUCUGGUGAACGCGCAGCUGACUGAUUCUCAGCACGAACAAGAGAUCCUGUCAAGGUACGUCGAUAGGUCUGAAGACGAGCUAGAUUUUACUUAGACCGGGAAUUGUUUGCUCACUAUCUCAUAUCUUUACUUACCCGUUUGCCGGAUGUAUACCACUUUGUUUACAUAGAGAUACCACAGCCAGUUGGUCCCAAAAUUUGCAUAUUGAUCCAAUAAUUCAUAAAUCUUGAAACUAUCUUAA